AUGACAGGGACGCUAGUCCCUCCUUGGUACAAGGAAGAGCCUACAACCAGAACUGGGCUAUUAGUGGCGGCCUUUUUCUUCGGGGCAUCUGUGGCUGUCGCUGCCUUCGACGUCACGAAGGCUGUCCGCCAGUCUCACCGGUCAUGGCAUCGACGCCACCGAGCGACUACCUACGUGGUGAUGUUGUGGGCUGCAAGACGCCUCAAAUUGGGUCUCCUCAUUCUCAUUGGCCUCGUCAAUAUCAGUGUCUUUUGCAUCUGGAUCCCGGCUCGGUUGCAAAUUAACGACACCUACAUGCGAAUCAACUAUGUUUGGGAUCGGAUCGAAAAGGCCAUUUUCGCCGCCAUCGACUUCUGCAUGAACGCCUAUUUCAUGUGGUUGGUAAAAUCGAAACUGGUAUCCAACGGGUUGACGCAGUACAACCGCCUUUACAAAUACAACCUGGCGAUGGUUACGCUGUCCAUUUCUCUCGACGUAUUACUCAUUGGGCUCAUGUCUCUUAAGGAUGAUGCAGUAUACGUCCAAGUCCACCCGCUCAUGUACUUGGUAAAGCUCAAUAUCGAAAUGAACAUGGCUGAGUUGAUCGCCAAGGUGGUGAGACGAUCCCAAGACCAGCGCAGUACGCUCCCAUCGACGGACAUUUGGAGACCAUAUAUCGGCAUGGGCGCCUUCGACCGCGAGUGGCUUGGCAGCGCGAAAGACUUCAUGAUUCCGUCUGGUGGCGAACCCGGAGAUGGAUUGGGUGGCGGAAAGGCGCCAGGGCAGAUGAUUGACCUCAACAUGGACAUACUGAACGAAUCUGGCCAACGAGAAGGUUCAAUAGCCACACGACCCCGCUCAUCGACCAAAGGGCCACUUGAUGACGAUGGCCCGCUCGCAUCACCGUUAUCCGCAGACCAGGUCCAGCGCACGCUUUCACUUCGGAGCCAUCCUCGGAGCCCCGCGCCCGGAUCACCCAUGAUACCACGCUCCCCAGCACAUUCUCCGGCGCCCACCGGCAAGCGACUGCCUGGAAUGCCCUCGCCUCGCCAUGGCCCCAAGGACUUUUCCUAUCUUCUCCGGCCCGAAAUCUACCACCCGCUUACGCCGCUCAACAUCCCCCCGUCCUUCCGCAAUCCGCCCAACCCACCGGCCCCGGAUACCCCGAUCCCGGACCUUCUCGCCCGAGGCCACUUCCGCGCGGCCGCUAUCGCCGCGACCCAGACCCUCACCAACAACACCGUCGACCCAACUGACCACGCCCGGAUCUUUGACCUUCUUUACACUCGCCUAGCCUGCCUAACCCUCAUCGACAGCACCGCCCUAGCCGCACAGGAAGUCAAAGCCCUCGGGGACCUGCACUCAGCCUUUUACUACGUUCUUUCUUCCGACUCGACGCCUCAGCAGCAACAGCAGGAGACGACCAUAACCACCACCGACCCCCCACCUUCUCCCACUCCUCAACAACAACAACACCUCGUCCCCUGGUCGCUCCGUCUUCUCGCCGUCCGCCUCCAAGCCCUGGGCUUCGGCGACCCCCGUCGCGCCGUCAUGUCCUACUACGAACUCGCGCGCGAGGCCCGCACACGCCUGGCCACCGCCCGCGCGGCACACGACCAUUCGGCGGCUGAAGUGUGGAAGGAGCGGCUGAGCGAUUUGGGGGUGAGGGUGGCUGGGGCGUUGGUGGAGAUGGAUGAUUUGGCUGGGGCGGCGGUGCAUUUGGGUACGUUGGGGGAUAGGGGUAUGCGGGGGGAGAGGGGGGAAAAGAAUGGAGAUGGGAUGGUUGGGGUGAGGAGGGCGUUGUUGUGGUUGCAUUUGGGGGAUGUGGAGGCUGCGAGGGGGUGUAUGGGGAUUGUUGAUGGGGACGGUGGUGAGGGGGGUCAGGAAGGGAGUGGGGGGGUUGAAGCGAAGGUGGUGGGUGCUUUGUGUGACAUGGCUGAUGGGGCGUAUGAGAGGGCGUUGGGAAGAUGGAAAGAGUUGUGGGAAGAGGUGGAUGAUGAGAUGGUGGGUGUCAAUCUGGCGGUUUGUUUGCUCUACCUGGGCAAAAUGCAAGAGGCAAGUCACUCCCGCCUGUGGCUUGUCGACUCCGGCAGGUCUUCGCACACCCUCCUUUUCAAUCUUUCGACCAUGUACGAGCUUUGCACAGACCGCUCAAGGGCUCUCAAAGUAAGCCUGUCUGAGAAGGUUGCUGCUCGGGGUGACCGCGUUGAGGGCUGGGAGAAGACAAAUGCCGAUUUCAAACUGCAGUGA